AUGGCAGAAACCCUCACAGCCCAAUGCCUCUGCAAAGCCCACACAUUCACAACCCCCCUCCCCCCAUCCCCCCUCCAGGCAACAGCCUGCCACUGCACCACAUGCCGCAACAUCUCCGGCGCACUCUACCACACAUCCACCCCCUGGCCCGGUCCCAUCACCACCAUAACCUCAUCCUCCCUCAGCACCUACAACAUCUCCAACAAAACCACCAUCCUCUUCUGCAAUAAAUGCUCCUCCCUCAUAGCAUACCACAUCCACGCCCCGUCAUCCCCCCCAACCCUCCUCAUCAGCACCGGCAUCCUCAACAACGUCCCCCACCUCGAAAUCACAAACCACACCCACAUAGCAGAUACUCUCGACGGCGGCGCAACACCAUGGCUCUUCAACAUCCACACACCUACACUCUGGAACGGCGCACCCCAUGCCAGCGAACAGCUAUCCUCACCACCGAAACGAAUCCCAACUGAAACGUCCACAGCGGAAACCCCCUUCCACUGCCACUGCAAAGGCGUCAACCUCAUCCUCAAAAAUGGCCAAUACACAUCCCCCAUCCCAUGGUUCGUAGAACCCACCACACACAAACUCCUAGCCGGCUUCGACGCAUGCAACUCCUGCCGUCGCUCCUUUUCCUCCGCCGACGUCACAAACUGGACCUUCUCCCUCCUGAAGCACAUAUCCUACGCGGACGGCACACCCUUCCCAGAUAAUAGCAUCGCACUCAAAAAGGCCGUUACUGAAAAGACGGAUCCCAGACUCGGCACCCUCGCUUUUUACGAGAGUUCGGAUGACGUGCAGCGAUAUUUCUGCUCCAGAUGCUCGGCGUGUGUGUUUUACGCGGUUGACGAUAGACCGGAAAUGGUUGACGUUGCUAUUGGGUUGCUGGAUUCGCCGUGUGGUGCUAGGGCGGAUAGUCUGCUUGAGUGGUCUUUUGGAACCAUGAUUUGGUCGGAUGAUUGCAAGGGAGGGUGGAGGGAGGAGUUUAUCGAGGCGUACAAGAGGAAUACGGAAGCAUAUAGAAUCGAAAACGGUAUACCAAAGGCGUGGGUUAGAGUUGCGAAGGAGAAAAAAGACGCCGAGGGGGUGUGA